AUGGUCUGUUCAACAGGGAGUGACCGGUCCUUUGGCCCGCGGGUUAACCCUGAUUGUCGAUCCUUUGAUUUUACCAUUGCAUUUGAAGAUGUGUUUUUCGCAUGCUUGCCAGCCGGUCUCUUUAUCCUCCUUUCCUGCAUGCAUGCCGCUCGACUACUACGGAACCCUAUCCUAUACCACCUGAAUACUACACUCCUGCGCAGCAAACUGCCGCCCGUGCAGUUGGCCCUGGCAGGGUUAUUCAUAGCGCAACUUGUAUUUCUUGCCUUUCGGGUUCGAAGCUUAGCCGUCAAAACAGAAGCAUCUAUUGCAGCCGAUGUUCUCAGCGCUCUGGCGACAUUGGCAGCAGUUGUUCUAUCCUUUGUCAGCCAUCAACGCUCUCAACGGCCCUCCACCAUCCUGAAUCUGUUUCUAUCUGUCUCAAUUCUACUCAAUGCCGCUCGAACACGCACACUUUGGCUACUACCGCGUAAUGUCGGCAACUCGAGAGCAGCCACCGCCAUGAGCAUCGUUCUUUCUUUGUUUCUGGUAUCACUGGCACUAGAGUCGGUGGAGACAAAAGCAAAAAUACUGAAAGCUGGUUCCCCAGAGCAGCACAGCGGAAUUUGGCCUCGGACGUGCUUUACAUGGCUGGCUUCCACAUUCCGAACCGGCUACGCGCAGGUCCUCACGUUAGACGAUCUGCCACCGCUUGAUACGAAACUAGAAAGCCAGGCUAUGUGUGAGAGGCUCAUAGAAGCAUGGAAGAGAUACAACCACCAAGAGCCACACAGCCUGCUUCGUGCAUGCUUUCGUGCUAACCUAGCAUCAUUUCUAUCUCCCAUUAUACCACGUCUUUGCGUGAUCGCGUUCAGCUUCACACAGCCCUUCCUAAUCAACACCACACUACAAGUUAUGGAUGGGUCACAGCCCAGUACGGAUGUGAGCAGAGGACUCAUUGGUGCCUGGGCACUUGUGUAUCUCGGGAUAGCAAAUUUUAGAUUCGUCACGCGAGUACGAGGAGCCCUGAUCACAACCAUUUAUCAUCACACUCUCCAAACACGAGUGGCCGAUUCAGGCGACAUCACCGCCGUUUCUCUUAUGGGUACGGAUGUGGAGCGCAUAGUGAAUGGCCUGGAGCUCUUCCAUGAAACAUGGGGCGCAUUGGCUGAAAUUGCGGUUGCAUGCUGGCUACUCGGUCGUCAACUCUCCGUAGCCUGCAUCGCCCCCUUGAUCCUGGUACUUUUAUUUGUGGCGGGAAGUUCAAAGUUAUCGGCUUCAAUGAAUACCGCCCAACGAAGAUGGAUAGAGAAGGUCCAGGAACGGCUUUGCGUUACCUCCGCGAUGCUCAGCGACAUGAAAGCCGUGAAGAUGUUGGGACUUUCGGGAGUCCUGCUGCCAGUGAUCCAAGGUUUUCGCAGUCGCGAAAUCGAAACCUCGCGCUCAUACCGAAAGCUUCUCGUCGCCAUGCUAUUACUGUCCUUGACGCCGAUCAACCUGGCACCUGUAGUGACCUUUGGCAUAUACACCAUCAUCGCUGUGUUUUGGAAAAGCCAAACCCUUCUUCUGGCGCAGGCCUUUACCUCCCUAUCGUUGAUCUCUUUGUUGACGACCCCGGUGAUCGUUUUGAUCCAAACGAUGCCAAUGGUAUUCCAGUGCGUCGGUAAUUUCGAUCGCAUUCAAGAAUAUUGCAAUUACUCUUCCCAGACGAGAAAUGUCCCUCAUAGUGGCGAUUGUUCCCGGACACCUUGUUCAACGUCAGAGGAAGAGACAACACUUGAGUCUGUACCGCUGGGAACGCUUUCUAAGCGCGAAUCGCAUUCUCAUUCCCUCUUCCACGCAGACCUUCGCCUGGACGGCCAUGGAUUUGCUUGGAACCGCUCCAGCGCUGACCCAGCCCUCCAUGACCUCCAAAUUGCCAUCAAGCGGGGCAGUAUAACCGCGAUCAUUGGACCAGUCGGAAGCGGGAAAUCCAGUUUCUUACACGCUCUGCUCGGAGAGCUGGUUGAUAUCCCGUCAGAGCUUGGAUUAUCCAGGCGGGACAAGGUCGAUCCCAGAGCACGAGAGGCCAUGGCCUACUGUGCCCAGCACCCGUGGCUAGAGAACCACACCAUCCGCGAGAAUAUCCGAGGGUCGUCGCCGUGGGAUUUGAAGUGGUAUCGUUGCGUAUUGUCUGCCUGUGCUCUUGAGACCGAUCUAGCGCAGCUAGAGAAAGGGGAUUUCACUCUCGUAGGAAACAAUGGCGUGAAGUUGAGCGGGGGACAGAAGCAGCGGAUCGCUUUGGCACGGGCCGUCUAUUCUAAGCGAAACACCUUGCUGCUGGAUGAUGUAUUUAGCGGUAUAGACAUGCACACGGCCCAAAGCGUGUCGCGCAGGCUGCUCGGACGCGACACAGGGCUUUUGCGCAAUGAUAACACUACCGUUGUGUUGACUACUCAUAACCCCAGAAUCAUGAUGCUAGCGGACAGGAUCAUCGUCCUUAGAGAAGGUAGAGUUGUAGAGUCUGGGAGCCCUUCCUCUUUGGCUCAGAAAGACGAAGGCUAUGUCAAAGAGCUUGGUCUUUGCGUGACCAGCCCGUGGGACAAAGAGUCAAUUGAUAGAGACAAUGCGUUGACUGCGAAAGAGGUUUCGCCCACAGCAGGCCUGACUUCCGCCUCAUCCAGGGAGGGCGAUAUGCAUUCCGCCUUAAUUGUAGAUCCGACAAGCAGCCCACCAACCGACCUAAGGCGAAAGAAUGGAGACCUGUCAAUUUACAGGUAUUAUCUCACCAGCUCGGGCUAUGUGGCUGUCGGGCUUUAUGCUCUGUUCAUGGUCCUAUGGAUCUUCUUUACCGAGUUCUCAGUGAUAUGGGUUAGUUGGUGGUCAGAGGCCAAUGAGACACAUCCCAACCAGAAGGUAGCUAUGUACAUGGGCGUCUAUGCGAUGAUGGGGGUUCUGGGGACAUUUGCUGCUUGCCUUGCUGCGUGGGUUGCUUUCGUUUCAAUCGUGAGCAAUUCAGCAACCAGCAUUCAUUUCGAUCUGCUCGCCGCUACCCUCAAGGCACCAUUUCGCUUCUUCGCAAGCACCGAUAACGGUGAACUUCUCAACAGAUUUAGCGAGGACAUGGAGCUCAUAGACAUGGACCUCCCAUCGACAGCCCUGAACUAUACUUCAACGGCUAUAUCCUGCCUUGCCCAAGUGAUAAUCCUCGCUAUCUUCUCCCGGUCCCUCGCGAUCGCCGUCCCGAUCGUCUUUGCCCUGCUCUACGUUCUACAGCGCUUCUACCUCCAAACCUCCCGACAGAUGCGUCUCCUGAUGAUCGAAGCUAAAGCCCCACUAUACAACCAUUUCACCAACACCGAGUCAACAUACCGGUCCGGGUCAACCACUAUUCGCGCCUUUGGAUGGACCCAUGACUACCAGUGCCGCGCUGCCCGCCUGGCGGACCAUUCGCAGCGCCCAGCCUACCUGCAGAGCUGCAUCCAACACUGGCUAACCUUCGCGCUCAACGUCCUGAUGGCCGCCCUAGUGGUGAUUCUUGUCGGGACUGUGGUAACCUGGCACCGCCAGCUGGACAUCCGCGUCGGCGGCGUGGGUGUCGCGCUGAUCAUUCUCACCGGCCUGGGCGAGACGCUGACUCGGUUGAUCCGCACGUGGACCCGACUGGAAUCGAGUAUCGGCGCCGUGACUCGCGUGCGGCGCUUCGUGACGGAGACGGAGGCCGAGGAUGCAGAGCCGGCGGGUAGAACGACAGCUCCGUGGCCACGGCCUGGAGCUGUGGAGUUUCAAGGCGUGGUGGCGGGGUUUAGAGCCCCGGGUUCCUCCAGUCUUCCCGCCGCCGAUGCAGCCCUGAAAGCCAUCACCCUCUCAGUUCAACCAGGGGAGCACCUCGCUAUCUGUGGCCGAUCAGGGAGUGGCAAGACAUCGCUGCUUCUUGCCCUACUCCGCAUGGUGGAGGUGCUCGAGGGCCAGAUCCUAGUAGAGGGGUGGGUAGCCGUUGCUGCUGGCGCAUUCGCCGCGCAGGAGGCGGAUGAAUUCCGCCGCCGCCUCAACGUGGUCCCCCAGGAUCCGUUUCUCCUGAAAGGUGCCAGUGUACGGUUCAAUCUUGAUCUGUACUCCGAGGCACAGUCCGAGGAAGAACUUGUGGGUGCGCUGCACCGAGUAGGGUUGUGGGAACUGGUGCAUGCGCAAGGAGGUCUGGACACGGUUGUGGAUACCUUGCCUUUAUCGGCAGGGCAGCAACAGCUGUUCUGCUUUGCGCGGGCGAUUGUCCGGCGGCGGAACUGUGGUAUCCUUGUUUUGGAUGAGGCGACGAGUAGUCUGGAUAGUGAGACAGCGGCCCUCGUGCAGAGUAUUAUUGACUCGGAGUUCCGGGAAUGCACCGUUCUAGCAGUGAUGCAUGUGUUGACGCAUAUCGGGGCCUACGAUCGAGUGGCGGUUUUGGACGGGGGAGCGCUGGUGGAGGUUGGGCCUCCAGCGGAGUUACUGGCUGGUGAGACACGGCUCGCGGGUUUGUAUAGCAUGCAUCUGGGUUAA